UCAGUCCCCUCUUCUUUACAAGCUUGACCUUCCUUUUGGCUGUUUGCCGUCCAUAAAGAGCUUAGCAUGGACACCAAAAGCCACCCCAUCCCUCUUGCUUUCCUUUGUCACCAGCAGGAGAAAAACAAGUCCUACAAGAAUACCAAAGCAUCAUGGAGGACUCCAAAGCCACGUUGAGACGGACAAACCAUUUCUCAGGGACAAAUGUUACAUCCCAAACUCAGAGAAGAAGAGCUAUGGAGCUCAGCCGGUUUCUCCUGCCUCCACCAAAACUCAGAACCAGUCAAAAAUGCUGCAAAGGGUUAGGUUGAAUUUUAACUAUUUGUUUGGCUUUUUUCUUCCCCUGAAUGGGUGUGCCUUGCAUGAUCGGAAUAGUUCAUAAAUAGGACCGGUAAUCCCCAAACGCUCUUGAGACUGAUUAUUUGUAUUGAAGUGCUGAACACUCGGAGCGUUUGUGGCCAUAGAGCCACCAGCCAGAAGUCUUGGUGCUGGUCCAAAAUGGUCCUCCUUCUGUUGAGGAAAACAAGCAUGGCACAGUGGAGCCAGCGGCUGAAAAGUGUAUGGCGGCAGCAGCAGCAGACGCCAGCGAGGCAAUGCAGCCUGGUCACUGCUUGUCAUAAAAACAGAUACUCUUCAUUGCAUCCGUUGUGGCAGAGUCCGAUCACCAUUCCUGGGGGCAGUCGGCAAUCUCCGAUCAAUAUCCAGUGGAGAGACAGUGUUUACGACCCUCACCUGAAGCCCCUUGAAAUACGCUACGAUCCCGCCACUUGCCUCCACAUGUGGAACAACGGGUAUUCGUUCCUGGUGGAGUUUGAGGACACCGCAGACAAAUCAAUUAUUACUGGAGGCCCUUUAGAAAACAAUUACCGACUGAAGCAAUUCCACUUCCAUUGGGGGGCCAUCAACGAAUGGGGCUCAGAACACACCAUUGAUUGCAAGGUCUUCCCAGCAGAGCUACAUUUAGUACACUGGAAUUGUUGCAAAUAUGAAAGUUUUGAGGAAGCUUUAAUGGAGGAUAAUGGCUUGGCAGUGAUUGGAGUCUUUUUGAAGCUUGGAGCCAAUCACAGUGGGCUGCAGAAGUUAGUAGAUGCCCUGCCAUCAAUUAAACACAAGGUAGUAUCAAGUUUUAAUGUGAACUGUCUGAAUAUACAUUAUUUCCCUGUCUUUCUCCAAGAAGUCCUAGAAAUGGGGGUGAACCAAUGUGGGGUGAUUUUUCCCCUCUUUCCCUCACCUCUUUCCCAUAAACAUGCAUAUAUGUAUAUUGGCAAAUACACAGUUAGGUAUAUCUUGUCUGACUGCCAAUCCCUCCAUCUUUUUGUGAGAGCUGAUGGUACAGAAAGAUGUGUCAUGGAAGGGGAAGGGAAACAGGGGCUGCCUAAAAUAAGGCCAAGGGCUGACCCAGACCUCUAUAUACUUAUAUGCAAACCCUGCAAGGUGGGCUUUCUAAUCAUAGAGAGGAGAGUAAGCAGUGGGAACUCUACGCAUUUUCUCUUCACGUUUGCUGUUCUUGCCCACGUCUCUCCUGAUUUUAUAUUAUUUUAUGAUGGUGAUGGUGAUGAUGAUGUUUAUUUUGCUGUUUCUCCCUGGCAGCUUGAGGUGUUUCGAAUGUUGCUCUUCACACCUGUCGGAGAGGAAGAGCAGAGGAUGGUGGACAACUUCCGUCCUCUUCAACCCAUCAUGGAUCGUACCGUGCGCGCGUCAUUUCCAAUCCAGCACCGGCUGAACCUUCUGUCAAGAUCGAAGGACCCGAUCUACCAGACCCAUGAGCAAGUCCCCCAUAAAGAGACUGUGUAUCUUUAAAGGUGUGGACUAGGGGAGGGAAGGGAUGACAAAAGUUAUCUUCACCCCAUGUGUAACACAGAGUAGCUCUGGAAGCCUAACCAGAAACUUGGGGUCAUUCACUUUAAAGGGAAGUGGAGGUUUUCCAGUCCUUUACCAUUCUAGUUGUCUGUCUCUUCUGUACUACAAGGACUUGCUUUGACUAAAUCUUUUCUCCCUGGAGUAAUUGAAAACUUGUGUCACUUAGAAUUCCUAGCCUUGUUCAGCAUGGAGACUUCUCUGUAUCUCCUUUUCUUUCUCCCGGCAACUCCUCUGCUCCACAAGCUGAGUAGCGGCAAAAGAUGUGCCCAGAAGGAUGUAUUUGAAGAAAGAAGAUCAACAAAGCAUAGCUUUCUUUUAGGAAAUACAUGGCAUUGUUUUACUUUUGUGAACGAUCUGGUCUUUAUCUUGGCCCAUGUGGCCCAGUACUAUCUACCUCUGAACUGUGUCAGCUCUAACAUUAUAGCAGUUAUCUUCCUGUUCGCUUUAUCUUUGGUGCACAGCAGAGCUGUUUUGUUGUAGAUACUUUGGAUCCAGACAACACACUAAAAGUGCCUUCUUCCCUGAAUCAGUGGAUUUAAGGAGAUGUCAGAGGAUGAUCAUAAGUAUGCUUACUUGGAAACAAUUUCAUAACAGGAUCAGGUUCAACAGAAAGGUAUACAGGGCUCUUAGUGUGCGCAUAUAGUAUAUAUACUGAAGUGGUUAGGACUUGCACAUGUGCACUUUAUUAGGAGACAAAAAAACAGAUCUUUUUUCAGUCUGUCAAGUCACACUUUAAAUAAGAGCAUUUAUGCGCAUGUACUGUCGAUAACACGCCUGUAUGUCUCUUCUGCUGAGACUGCUCUGAAAUCUGGCAUGUGCCAGAAUCAAUCGGUAGCUUUUUGCAUUAAAGUCUUGUUCAGAUUUGCUCAAAUAUAGCAUAAUAGGAUUGGGAAGCUCUCUGUUAACAGCUUUAGUAUUUUGGUAUCAAAGGAAAAACAAACCAUACUGUGUUUUUUUAAGCUGGUACUUGAAGUGCAUUGUAAACUUUAUGGGAACAGUUACAUAACAGAUGUGUAAACACUUCACAGAUAACAUUUUUACAAAUGACAGGGUAACAUGGAAAGCAUUUUCUGCCAGCUUUGCUUGCUAUGACUGUUUCUGUUUACAUAUGUGUAAUUGUUUACAUGUGUGUCAUUGCAUACAUCUCACAUUCUUCCCAAUAUGACUGUUUGGUCCUGACUCAUUUUUUUGCCCCAGCUUUGGGCAUCUAUUCCAUUGGAGAAACACAGAGCUUCUAUUCUGCGAGGAUAUGGGCCAGCGGACUUUCAUGCCAAAUAUAACUUGAGCUUGGCAGACGUUAGAAUAUGGCUGAUGCCAACACAGAUGUCUUCAGACUAAUUUUCUUUUGAGAGACUGUGUUAAGGCAAGGCUAGGAAUUAGAAUAUGGCUGAUGUCAUUGCGGAGGUCUUCAGAAUAAUUUAUUUUGGGAGGCUCUGUGAGGCAGGGCUAGGAAUCAUGUAACCUUCCAAAUGCUAUUGGGCUGCAGCUCCCAGCAUUGGCUGUUUUGGCUAGGGCUGCUGGGACUUGUAAUCCAACAGUUUCUGGAGGCCACAUGAUUCUCACUUCUUGUGGAAGGAGAUGAGCUUGGUUUGGUGCACAUAAUGGUUUUGUUACAUUAUAGGAAAUAACAGCUUUCUUUGUUUCACUUGGGAUGGUGUUGGGUGAUCCACCCAGGGUUGAAAACACACUGCAGAAAUAAUCCAGUUCGAGACCGCUUUAUCUGUCCUUUCUCAGUGCUAGGAAAUCCUGGGAAUUGUAGUUUAUUGUGUCACCAGAGCUCUCUCUGAUAGAGAAGGCUCAGUGUCUCACAAAACUACAGUUCCCAGAAAUCAUUAGCAUUGAACCAGGGCAGUUAAAGUAGUCUUAAACUGGAUUAUUUCUGCAGGUUAGCACAUAGAAUACAUUUCAAAGACGGGCUCAACUUCUGUCCUUCAGGCUUGUGUCUCUGAUUCGCCUUUAUCUUACUGAAGCUUAUUUCUCGGCUAGUUCUUGUGCCUGUGUAUUUAUAAUAUAUACCUUUAUGCACUCUGUAUUCCUGCUUCUAAUACGUUAAACAUGUUAAAUGUGCUUCAGAUUAGAUAAUAGGGCAAUGUUGGGAUUUGGGUGGGAUUAAUAUAUUUCCCCACCCCACCCCCAGGCUUAGAAUACUAGGCAAAAAGAAUAUACAAGCUGUUACACUUUAAAACACUUUGAGAUAGUGAAUUGGUUAAACACAAUUCAUAUUAGUGAACAUCUCCCUUCUGUUGUUAGAAGUCAUUUCAUGGGGGGAAAUGGACUGUUUCGUUGUAUGGAGAGAGCCUUUGACUAGAUAAAAAUUCUCCUGAAUUGCAUUGGCGCAGAAGAACACUAGCCCACUGUGUCGAGAGCCGUAUUCACUAAAGAAUAAUGUAACGGUUCAUUAUGCUCUUGGACGGCACGAAACAUGUACUCCAAAAGCAAACGCUGUUUUGAAUACCAUUGUAUUUGCCUGUUCGCUUGAGCAGCAACUAUAAAAAGUACCAAGCAAA